AUGGCUUUUCCCCGGCUCAUUGCCGUGCUCUCCUUCCUGUCCUUCGCUUUUCUCAGUGCCGCUGCCCCCUCAUCGAGAUCGAGGUCACUUAAUGCAAGAGCCGAUGACACCGUCCAUUUCGAGGUCACCCUCACAUGGGAAGAUUACUCACCCAUCGGAGGGACACCCAAAAAGAUGGUCCUCACCAAUGGCACUUUCCCAGGACCAGCUUUGAAGAUGAAAGUUGGCCAGUCAGUGGAAUUCCUCGUUCACAAUGAACUCCCCGACCCAACUACCGUUCAUUUCCACGGCAUUGUUCAACAAGGCACUCCAUGGUCAGAUGGCGUUCCAGGUCUUUCGCAACGAGCUAUUGCACCUGGCUCAUCGUACCUAUACAAAUGGACCGCCGAUGCCACCGGAGUCUACUUCUAUCACUCACACUCUCGCUCUCAGAUGAUGGAUGGACUAUACGGCGCCAUCAUCAUUUCCCCAGCAUCUGAAGAUGACAAACCAUUCUCGCUGAUCAACAACGAUCCAGCCUUCAUCAAAUUAAUGUCGGCAGCGGAUGAUGAGCUGCAGCCAGUCUUCAUCUCCGAUUACAACAGGUACACCUCUCAGGAGCUCCACGCGCAGGAAGCGAAUGCCAACAUCGACUUUGCUUGCUCCGAUGCAAUCAUCAUUAACGGUAUGGGCUCACAGUACUGCUUGAGCCGCGACGAGUUGACGGCCUACACCAAUCCCAAAGUCACGGCUUUGCUGGCUUCAGUUAGCCCUUCUCAAAUCACCGACAAAGGCUGCUUGCCACCCAAUCUGCCAGCUACUCAGGGCAACUUUACCUUCAACAUUGACACUCUUCCGUCGGAUGCUUAUUUCACUUGCAAUCCGUCAACUGGGCCCAUGGCUUCAUUUGACGUUGACCCUGCCAAGAGUUUUGCGGCCUUGACCUUCAUCAACCCGGGCGGAUACGAGCUGCUUAAGUUCACCAUCGACGGACACAAGAUGUGGGUGUAUGGUGUUGAUGGUGGCUACAUUACUCCAAAACUGGUGGAUCAAGUCAUCGUCAACAACGGCGACCGAUACUCGGUUCUGAUCGAGCUCAACCAGCCCCCUGCCCAGUACUCCAUCCGAGUGGCCAACAACGGUCUCAAUCAAGUUCUGAGCGGCUUCGCUGUUCUGAAUUACAAGGGUUCAGUUGGUCCCGCGUCCGAGGAUCCCAACGCGCUUGCCGCCAUGAACUUUGCUGGCGUUAAUUUGACCACCCUCGUGACUUUCAACGACAACCUCGCUGCUCCUUAUCCCCCUUCGGCGCCGGCUCCUACUGCGGAUGUUACGUACCAAAUGAACAUCAAGAAGCUCGGGCAACCAGCCGGUGCGUACCAAUGGACCCUUAGUGGUGUCAACGCCUUCGCCCCAGAGCUGGAAGAUCAGACUCCUCUUCUUUUUGAAGAUCCAGCCAACGUCCAAGCCAGCGAUCUCAUCCUCAAGACAAACAGUGGUCAAUGGGUCGACUUGAUUAUUAAAACACAGGGCCCCCUUGCCCAACCUCAUCCUCUGCAUAAACAUUCCAACAAGGCCUAUGUUCUGGGCAAGGGAAUUGGAAACUGGACGUGGAACACUGUUGCAGAAGCGGCCGCUGCAUUGCCAGCCGGCACAUUCAACUUCGCAAACCCACCUCUUCGCGACGGCUACACGACCACCCCUAAUGAGGUCAACAGCACCUGGAUGGCGCUCCGUUAUCAAGUUACCAACCCCGGCGCGUUCCUUUUCCAUUGCCACGUCCAAACACACGUGGCUGGCGGUAUGGCUAUUGCUAUGCUCGAUGGCGUUGACGAUUGGCCAAAGGUGCCCACCGAAUAUGCUGAAGGCAACGGCAUCAUCUAUAGCAAGCUCAAGAAGAAGGGCAAACUGCAUGCCAAAUCAGCAUGA